GUAAACAGAAUUGACAGAAUAAUUUUUUGUUUUGUUAUUGAUUUACUAAAAGUACCAUGACCGUUGUUAAAGUGUAGCAAAUACGUAUAGCUGCAAGCGUUUUUGAAUCUCUAUCGUUAUGGCUAGAGGUUGGCGGCAAAGUAAAAAUCGUAUUGUAAAAAAUGUGUUUUGCCUUGGUUGUCUAUUUGUCUUACCCCUUUUGGUACUAGCAGUUAUCGUGUAUUCAAAAUCGAAAAAUGUGGAAUCCUUACCUGUGCCCAGGGAAGUUCCGGGUCAAAAAUUUGAUGAUUCGUCUCAGUUUUACUUGAUUGCACUGGUCAUGAGUGAUCCAACUAAAUCAGCCACACGAAAAGCAGUUCGGGAAACAUGGCUUUCCAACACUCACAAGGAUGUGAAGCAUUACUUUGUUGUUGGUUCCAAAGGCUUGGCACAAGAUGUCCUACAAAAUGUGCUUGAAGAAAGUUCUACUUAUCAUGAUAUGGUUAUUCUUGAAUCCCUAAAUGAAUCAUAUAGCAGCUUAACUGGCAAAAUCUUGGCUGGAUUUCAGUGGCUCCACUCUAACCAUAAUUUCACUUUUCUGCUCAAGUGUGAUGAUGAUUCGUUUGUAAGAAUGUCUCCUCUCAUCGAACAGUUGCGUAAACAACCCCAAAGUCAUCUUUACUGGGGAUUCUUCAAGGGUGGAAGUAGUGUCUUUCAAAAAGGCAAAUGGAAAGAAAAUGAUUGGUUCCUGUGCGACACUUAUCUUCCUUACGCGUUAGGAGGCGGCUAUGUCUUAUCAUCGGAUUUGGUGGAAUUCAUUGCAAAAAACGCGCCAUUGCUUCAACAAUAUAAAAGCGAAGACGUCUCCGUAGGAGUCUGGCUUUCACCGCUUAAAAUACACCGAGUUCAUGAUGUCCGAUUUGACACCGAAUUUAAAUCGCGAGGAUGUUACAACGAAUAUCUCAUUACACACAAACAAAGUGCCAAUCAAAUGCGGGAAAAACAAGCCAAUCUAGUAAAGACGGGUAAAUUGUGCCAGUCCGAGUUACGCGUCAGAUAUUCCUACAAUUACAAUUGGACUGUACUUCCCUCUAAAUGUUGCAAGAACUUUGACCCUGAACUACCCUAGUCAUUUGAAUCAACUGUAAAAAUACAAUGUUCAAUCAA